UUAUGAAGAGAAGAGCGUUAACCUAAGAAAAGGAGACCGGGCGAGGGCGAGGGCGAGGGCGAGGGGAGGCGGCUGCUUCGGAGUCAACCAUUCCAAUGAUUCAUAUAUUUCAUAAGCACAGUGAUUCUUACAAAUACAAACGCUGCCGCCUUCCCUCUCUCUUUCCAACCUUCGUUUAAAUACAAAAAAAUUGGAAAAGGAAAAGAAUUUCCCUUUUCUCUCUUCUGGGUAUUUUGAAUCUUUGAUUGAUUGCCUCUCCAUGAAAAAGGGUUAACAGAACUCUCAGAUUUCAUUCAAAAUGAAUAAAGAAAUCGAAUAAAUUUUCGGAAUUUCGAGGACACUGAAGCCGGCCUGCUUGUUGUUGUGGGCAAGGGGAGAAGGGUCCGCACGUCUUAAUUUCUCUCUUUUCUUUUCCCCUUUUUGUUCUUUCUCGAGAAAAAAAAAAUCUCUCUCUUUCAUCAUACGCUCCUCUUCCCCGGCUCCUACUCUUCCCCCCCCCCCCCCCCCCCCCCCCUCUCUCUCUCUCUUAGCCUUUAAUUUGAAUUCUCUCCGCUCUCAAACGCUCACUUCUUCACAUUUCUCUCUGUACUACCUCUUUUACUUGCUGUUUAUUGUUUUAUCACAAACCGAAGUUGUCGUUUACUCAGAUUUCUUUGGUGGGGUUCUCGUCCUCUUUUGAGGCAUUCUAUUCAUAAAAAUGACAUCUGCAAAUCCUUAUUUUGAUGACAUCCGGAACAAACCUGAGGUUAUUGAUCCUCCCCAAGAUGAUGACAUGAUGGAUGUUAGUGAAAGUGUGAGUGAUCCUGCUCGAUCUGGAGGAAAACCUAACGUAGUCUCUAGCAGUGUUCGUGAGCUGUUGGAGUGCCCUGUUUGCUUAAAUGCUAUGUACCCUCCCAUUCAUCAGUGUUCGAAUGGUCACACAUUGUGUUCCGGUUGCAAGCCUAGGGUGCACAACCGGUGUCCGACCUGCAGGCAUGAACUUGGCAAUAUCAGAUGUCUUGCAUUAGAGAAGGUGGCUGCAUCUCUGGAACUUCCAUGUAAAUACCAAACUUUUGGAUGUGUGGGCAUAUAUCCAUACUAUAGCAAGCUGAAACAUGAAUCUCAGUGUAUAUAUCGACCCUAUAACUGUCCGUAUGCGGGUUCGGAAUGCUCAGUUAUUGGCGACAUUCCAUUUUUGGUAUCCCACCUCAAGGAUGAUCACAAAGUUGACAUGCAUAAUGGAAGCACUUUCAAUCACCGAUAUGUCAAGUCAAACCCACAAGAGGUCGAAAAUGCCACCUGGAUGUUAACGGUUUUCAGCUGUUUUGGUCAAUACUUUUGUUUACAUUUCGAAGCUUUCCAGCUCGGAAUGGCACCCGUCUACAUAGCUUUCUUGCGGUUUAUGGGCGACGAUAAUGAAGCAAAGAACUAUAGUUAUAGUCUUGAGGUUGGUGGAAAUGGGAGGAAGAUGGUGUGGCAAGGAGUGCCACGGAGUAUUCGGGACAGUCAUCGGAAGGUCCGAGACAGUUUUGACGGUCUCAUUAUCCAACGUAAUAUGGCACUCUUCUUCUCGGGGGGAGAUCGGAAAGAAUUGAAACUCAGGGUAACUGGUAGGAUUUGGAAGGAGCAGUAAUGGUCUGUUUCCAAUCACCAUUUUUUAAAAAAAUGUUCUAUGUUUAGCUCCUUACUCCUAAGAGAAUGUAAAAGUAGGCUAAUUAGAGAGUUGUGAUAUGAUGAUAGGUCUCCAGUAAUGUAAUGUAGUUAUUUUAUUUUUUUAGUUGAAGAAUCAAAGGCAAACUCUGUUUGCUUGUGGAAAAUCAAAUACAUGAAUGAACUGUGACAGCAAAAACCUGUGUUCUUACUUCUUCACUGUUGCAAGAGAGAAAGGUGUUCCAUUGUUCA